AAGAGGAAGGAAUGAGAGAAGUCCUUUUCCCAGCCCUCCUCCGUUCGCAUAUGUUAGCAAGAGCAGACCCAGAAGACAAAGUCAGGAUGUGACAUCAUGUGCAGGAAGAGAAACCACACGACUAGUUCAACUUUUUCUUGAGUUGUGCUUUACUGCGGAGUGAAGUUGGACGUCUGUUUGAGGCAGGGAGAGAGCAGGGGGGGAGAUAAGGGGGAGGAGAAGGGGGUAAAGCAGCUGGGGAGCUGCCCUCCGAAAUUCACUCCGGCCUCUCCCAAAGCUUUUGCCAACAUUGUGGAGCCUCCGCUGUAGGACAGCAACCAGUAAACAUCCAAGCAUCUGCAGCCCGACUCGACUAGGCUUUUCUCCUCUUGAGACCUCAUCCAGGCCAGAAACUGUCGCCUUCAAGACUAUAAAACACUUAUUCUGGAGAGUACAAACAGCUGAGGACAUGGCUUUGUGUCUGGGUCAAGUGUUUAGCAAAGACAAAACGUUCCGACCUAGGAAACGCUUUGAACCCGGCACCCAGCGUUUCGAACUGUACAAGAAGGCCCAAGCCUCGCUCAAGUCCGGCCUUGACCUGAGGAAAGUGGUGCAGCUGCCCGAGGGCGAGAGCCUCAAUGACUGGAUCGCCAUGCACGUGGUGGAUUUCUUUAACAGAAUCAACCUGAUCUACGGCACGGUCAGCGAGUACUGCACCGAACGCACCUGUCCUAUUAUGUCCGGGGGCCUCCGGUACGAGUACAGGUGGCAGGACGGCGACGACUACAGGAAACCCACCAAGCUGCCAGCUCUCAAGUACAUGAACCUGAUGAUGGACUGGAUAGAGUCGCUUAUCAACGAUGAGGAAAUCUUCCCCACCAGAAUAGGUGUUCCUUUUCCGAAGAAUUUCCAGCAGGUGUGCAAAAAGAUCCUGAGCCGACUCUUCAGGGUGUUUGUGCACGUUUACAUCCAUCACUUUGAUAGCAUUUGCAGCAUGGGCGCCGAGGCCCACAUCAAUACCUGCUACAAGCACUACUACUUCUUCAUUUCGGAGUUCAACCUCAUCGACCACUCUGAACUUGAGCCCCUGAAGGAGAUGACCGAGAAGAUUUGCAAUUAAACUAGAGCUGAAGAAGACAAAAUGCCACCUUCAAUGGACUCUCAACUAAGAACUUUUCACAUUAAUGUGUAACAUGUUACAAUGUGAGCGGUGUGAGUGAAUGUCACUGUGAAUUUAAUUUUUUUGUUUACGAUCCAACCCCACUUUUUCAGGUGGUGUCAAGAUGUGUGUUACUCAUGGUAACAAUGGUGCUGUUUUUAUUUGAAUCUGAGGUGGUUAAUGAUUUCCUCUGUCUUUCCUCCCGUCUUUCAUCCUGUGCAUGUAUUUAUGGUUGUCCUUUUAUAGGCUAUUUUAAGCUUUUUGGACUUUUAUUGAGUAAAAUAUUGUAUUUUAGAAGUUUUUUGAAACUCUGAGUUAGGGUCCAGCUGAAAGGGAAAGAAUAAAUAUGAAUAAAGGGAAGUUUGGUUACCUU